AUGCUUGUCCUGUUCGGACUGCUUCUUGCUGUUUCGCCGCGCGCUUACUGUUGUAUUGCCGUUCCUCCACUUCCAGCACCGGAAGUGGUAGGUAGCGUGGACGGUUACACGCACUUGCGCGUCCACGUGCGGGAGGACUUGGCGCUCUCAGUGCUCGAGGCCUCCCUCCCAGAGCAAGAGCGCCUCGUCGAGGACGCGUUGGAACAACCCAUUGCCUCUGCAGGAAGCGAUCCGUACGGUCUGGUGCUUUGGCCAGCGGCGCAGGUUGUGGCAGCAGCCUUGAUUGGCCUCCUCGGCACUUACGGGAAGAAACGCCCCGCGCGUGUGGUGGAACUCGGCGCCGGAACAGGGCUGUGCUCGUUGGCUGCGGUGGCUACAGGGCACCAGGCACUAGCGACGGAUUAUCGUGAGGAGCCUUUGGCACUCCUGCGCCAGGCCGCGGCCCUCAAUGAGAACCAGCUCAGCAAAAGGCUGCCUGUGGAUACUGCGCUGCUAGAUUUCACGAAGGAGGAUGUGCCAGAAGCUGACGUUGUGGUUGCAGCAGACCUGCUGUACUUGCGCUCAACAUCACAAGCGCUUGCAGCAGGAUGUCUUGCUGCCCUGCGGCGAGGUGCCCAGGUCCUGGUUGGAGAUACCGGGCGGCCUGGGCGACCAGCGUUCCUGGACGUGCUAAAACAAGAGCUACGAGGCGCUGCCCGGCAGUUUCGCCCUGUGCAAGGAUGGAGUCUGGUGAGCCCACGGCACGAGCUGAUCUCCACGAGCCAAGCUCAACCACGACUUCUCAAUGUGGGGUUGCUGCACCUGACGCCUGCAGACCUUGAAAAUUCACCGCAUCAAGAAAGGGAGAUGCUUGAGGACAGAAGAGAGACGCCAGACAGCAGACGUACCAUUCUUGACACUGCUGGCGACUCGGCCAUGGAGCUAUCGAGCCGGCCCAGCGCGGGCCGCAGGCCCACUGGGCACCGGCUGCCCAGGCUGCCCAGGAUCAGGCUGAGGCUGGCGCUGCUGGCUGCUUUAGCGGCCUUGUCAGCCUGGUCUCGAAACCAACUUACCCCCACGUUCUCUCGCACACCGACCUCGCGCCGUGCCCUCCUGGCUCUCGCCGCGCCUUUGCCUGCGGCUGCGGCUCCGGCUCCGGCACUGGGUGACAUCCCGUGGGAUGAGCCAAAGCGGAAGAAGACACCCCUGCCGCAGCUUGCAGAAGAAUUCACUCGCGCUUUCCAGCGCACCCAGUGGGGUGUGAAUGGACGAGUGGAGCCUCGAUACUUCUCUGAUAGUUUUGUAUUUCGCGAUCCAGAUGUGACAACAAAUGGUAUUCGCGAAUACGCCAAGGGCACUGGCACUGUACUGUCUGGCUGCAAAGCCGAUGCUGUCGAUGUCCAGAUAAUCGAGCCGGACAAGUUUGCAAUUCGUUGGCGCAUUGAGGGCACGGCGAAUGUGCCUUUCCCGGGUCUGAAGAUAAAGCCGUACAUCGUCACCAGUACCUUCACCGUGAAUGAAAAUGGAUUGGUGGACUCCGAAACGGAUGCGUUUUCCAUACCGACCUGGGACAUCCUGCUGUCUGCUCUCACUCCGGGAUUGCCAUUCCUGGCCCCUCCUGAGCCGCCGGUCGCAUCGCCGUUUGCAUAG